ACUCCGCGUGUGGUAAAGCGCACAUCGCGGGCGGGCGCGCGCUAAAUGGUCUGGCACCAGAGAUAACAUGUUCCAGUGAGCAUCAGCGCUCAUGCAAGCAGCCGUCAUUAGAUCUGACAUCUCCCUGUUUGAAAUCAUAGCAUCUCAGUCGGGGGUGGCUGGGGGGAAAUCCACGGACGAACUCGAGGAGAGGACACGCAUACUUUUGGAGAGUGCGCGAGUUUGGCUGCGUUUGGAGAGUUUGGAGACCGGACGCCUGCCGGAGAGCGCAAAGUGCGCACGUCGACCACAGCCGUGAGACCGAGGCGGUUGUUUAAGAGGAUCUUAAGAUGAAUGACACGGCCGUUUUUUGCCAGAAAUACCAAACAGAGAACUCGUCUGACGUGUCAUGUCUAAAUUCGACCCCUUCGUCUUACAGCCCCAUCGACCUAACCACUUUCAUGCACAUAUUGCCUUCGAUUUACGGCAUCCUGUGCGCGGUGGGGGUCAUAGCCAACGGACUGGUCAUCUACGCGGUGAAAGCGUGCAAGAAGAAAAUGGUGUCAGACAUCUACGUGCUGAACUUGGCCAUAGCCGACAUGCUGUUCUUGCUCGUGAUGCCCUUCAACAUUCACCAGCUGGUCAGAGACAGGCAGUGGGUCUUCGGAAACUUUAUGUGUAAAGCGGUGGUGGUGGUGGAUGUCAGCAACCAGUUCACCACAGUGGGAAUUGUUACUGUGUUAUGCAUCGAUCGGUACAUAGCUAUUGUUCACCCCACCGCAGAGAGGAGGACCAUCCAGUGGACCAUCAUCAUCAACAUGCUGGUCUGGCUGGGCAGCUUCGUCCUCACGGUCCCCGUCAUGCUGUACGCCAAGGUUGUGCGCAGACAACAUAUGAAGGUGUGCAUGAUGAACCUGGACGGGCCGGAGGACAUGUACUGGUACACCCUCUACCAGUCUAUCCUGGGCUUCAUCAUCCCCCUCAUCAUCAUCAGCACCUUCUACUCCCUCACCCUCUACCACGUCUUCAGCUCCAUCCGCCGCGUCAAACGCAAGCAGUCCGUUUGGGCUAAAAGAGCCACCAAGAUGGUGCUAAUGGUCAUCGCCCUGUUCCUGAUCUGCUGGUCGCCGUACCACGUCAUCCAGGUGGUCAACCUGAGCAACAACUCCCCGACUAUUGCGUUCGUCUACGCCUACAACAUCAGCAUCUGCCUCAGCUACUCCCACAGCUGCAUCAACCCGCUCAUGUUGCUCAUUUUUGCCCAGAAUUACCGCGAGCGCCUCUGCUCCAGGAACGCACUGCACAGCUCCCAGCACUCGUCCAAGGUCACCGUGGUCAAAGCUGACGGUUCCAGUGUGACCGGUGACCCCAACUACCGCUGUACUGUCAUCUGAUCAAAGUCGUGUCUUGUUUUUCAUGUAAACCGGUUCGCCGCUCGCCCUGAAAAGGAAGUAGUUGGAUUCAGUUUUCAACACAGAAAGGAUUCGAUAAUUGACACCGCAGGAAAAUGUGGCUGUGAGGUUUGAGCAGAAGCGUCAGCCGUGAGUAAGCAAACGUCAAGAAUUCACUCACUGUCACAUAUAACCAUCCCUAAAGCGGACAUUUAUCUUUCUCUACUUAUCCUUGAUGGAUGAACCUCCAUGUCGCACAAUUGACUCACGAUCAUAAUAACAAUUACAUACAGAAUGAUAUUUUUUGCGAUAUUAUUAUUUACGUAUUAUGAUAUGAGUUCAUCAACCCAGUGCUUUCCACUCCUUUGUUGUUGUUACAAUAAAUGCUAGGAGUUUUGUUAUUAUUUAUUUAUUUGUUUGUAUUCAUUCUUUUUUUUAUUUGCUCUUUUCAUACAACAAGGCACACAAGACGUCACCAACAUAUCUUUUCCCGUACGGACCUGGUAUCUGGGGUUCAUCCCUGUGCUGUUAUUACAAUAAGUCUGGAUGAAAGAUGGUCAAUUUACAGAAGAUAUGCAUCAAAAUAUUCUGUUAUCAGAAUCAGUAAAGCAACUGUUUGUUGUCCACACUAUGUUUUAUGCAUUUUAACAAUCCAGUCGCACAAAUUGAACCUUUGCAAAGAUACAAGCAAGUUGCGUUCAACAGAUCCGGGAUUGCUCUCCAACAACAUUCAGAGUAACCCUGGAAACAACAAACCCCGAAGUUUCUGAUGCACAUGAAUGCAUCUCACAUUGAUAACCGGGGAGCCGGUCAGCAGGAAGCAAUAGAAGCAGGGAACCAAUUUGGCCAAUGUUUUUUUCACUAAUGGUUAUGUUGUUUUUGACGAAAACAAACUUAAUUAAUUCAAUGGCUGCGAGCAAUUAUAAAAGUAUGUCCCAGAUCUCUGCUGCACUUCUGCUUCAAGCAAAGUCUUGAUGUUAUUAUAGUUGGUGCAGCCACAAGAUGAUGACGGACCCGAUAACAUUCUAAUCCCCAGAUCCAGAGAUACAUUAUUUGCAUCCAUUUAUCAGUUUUACAGCAUGGAGCUUUUUGCUCAAAAUGUAAUAUUGAUCAACGGUAGUUCUGUUAAUUAUUACAUCAAUGUUUAUAAUAUUUCUUUUGAUAUAAAUCUCCCAGUCAACAAGUAGUAAACAUGGCCUAAAACACGAGGAUCCAGUUAGUCUUUAUACAUUGUCUAAUCUAUUGUUUUAUUUUUUGGGGGUUGAUUGUAAACCACGAGGACCUCUGUCUGUUUCUAUGUAUUUUAUGUAUCAACCUCUGUUUUUGCUUUACUGGCCCUUUGCACCAAAGCACACAACCACAUGUGCUCAACAGUGAAUCUAAGGUAAACCCCCCCCAGAUGUACUGCUGAGUGAACGGAUGGGCAACAACUGGAGGGAAUAUCAGUACUGACCUUUAAAGAUGACCUGAUGAGAAGAGUCGCUGAGGAGGGACAGGGUGAAGUUUUCUCCUUUUGGAUUACGAGCGUUGAAUAACCGUCAUCAAUUACAGGCUACACACAGUGGGAUCCCGACAACCAACAAAACGGGAGUGCAGCCUGUGAGAUCCGUCACUGACAAACGAGCACUCUUAUAAUUAUUCAGCUUCCAGAGGGCUCGGGAGGAAAUCAAAUUCCGCUUCUCAGCGGGAAGAGUUGCUUAAAGGAAAGUUUGAUCUCGUUUGAUCAUGUUAUGACGUCUUCAAUCGGAUCGCUUUCUGAUAAGGAUCUAUUAAGGCCCAUAAAUUGUAAUCAAUGGUUUCGUUAGUGGGUGAUAAAAUGUACCGGUAAAAAACAAUGUUUAGCUGGUGUUUAUCCUCUGUUUUGUAGAGAUGUGUGAAUAUUGUCGUCUCUCAAAAAACUCGAGGCUUCUCACUUUCUACUUAAACAUUAAUAGGUUGUUUAAUAUAGAGAAUUAGGCAGUCCAAAAUGUGUACCAUUAAUUAAAACCUGUGGACCCGUUAAACCCCUCAUCCCAAUUAAUUAUAAUUCAACCGUUUGAUGAACUGAAGAAAAGACACUGCAGGUUAUGGUUUGUUGUCGUCGCGUGAGAGUGAAAAAUGCAGAAUAAAUAAAAUAAAAUAGCGGCGCAAACAUAUUAAGUUAAAUGAAAGGAAUGUUAUGUACAGUGGAAUAUGUAUUAAAUUAAAUUAAAUUAGAAAAUUAAGUUAAGACAGUAGUUUUGUUGUUAGACACACAUUUCACAUUUAGAGUUGUGUUUGUUUUUAGACAGACCAUUUCUGUUUGUUAGACUCUAAUCACAGGCAGCUGCUUUACACUCUCACCAAGAGAAAGACCAACAAUGACCCGUCAGUCAUCACAGCCCUACAGGGGGUAAGUUGUGCUACUUAGUUAUAAUAUGCAUAGGACAUCAUAUUUUAUUUCCUCUCUUUGUUUAUUCCCCAGCUCCCUGAGCUACAGUUAGAACCCAGCUGUCCUUUUCCCUGCUGGGUUUCAAAUCAAAUAAAAGGCAUGAACACACGCAGAGGAAAUACAUAUAGACAAUAUGGACAAUAACAAUGUUUUGCACUGUAUUGUAUUGUGAUUCUAUAUGUUGAUAUUACAUAUUGAGUUAGAUGGUGUGAGUUGUAUUAGUUUGCUAAAUAAUAUUGUGGUAUUGUCCCAUUGUCAUGAUUAAUCAAUGUCCUUCAGAUUGUGAUUGUUGUAUCAUCAUCACUAUUUUCAAUAUCAAGGCCAAUCUGUUUACUCAAACUGCUCAGAAGCUGCUUUGAAGUGUACUUUUGGAGACAAGGAGCGACUUUCAUAAUGGGUUCAGAGGACCGAUGCAGUAAUAUUGUAGGAACAAAGACAGCAUGAAGGACAGGUAUGAAUAUCAUGUCAUUUUGCCUGAUUGUAUAUUUGCAUAAUGAACAAGAAAUUUCCAUUUAGAUUAUCUUUUAUCCUUAGAGUUAUUGUAUCUGACGGCAGUGGAGCACUUGAUGUUAUAAACUGUGUGUCGUGUGAUGUAUAUGUUUGGUCCUUCGCUGUGCCGUGUGCAAAGAUUGUAGGCAUUGUUUUUACUUGGAUCCCGGCUGAAGUACCAGCUGGGCAAAGCUGUAAACUGUUCAUUUCAUAAUAUGCAGGCUGUGUUGCUAAUAACAAUUUCAGCAGUGUGCAUAAUUUUUACGUGUUGCUGUUGUUGAAUAUGCUCUGUAUUUGGUGGUAGUUUUCUCUAUUUACGGCAACUUUUUCUUGAAUGCUGCUCAUUUUUUAAAUUCGUGAAGACAUUUUCUUAGUUUUGGACGGCAUAAAGCCCUCUGGGCCACCAUCGAUAAUCCCUGAUCACGUCUUCUGGGUAAUCGUAUCAGAAGACUUCAAACAAUGUUAACACUGUGUAUUGCUAAAAAAAAGUCUAGUAAACAAAUGAUCACAAGCUAACUUGGGGACAUAUUUUAUAUUUGCGUUCCCGUGGUUCAUUCCGGCCUGGUUGACUUUGAGAUCUUACUCGGUGUCUGCUGUUGUAAAGUAGUUUUGUGAUAACUGGUUACUGUAUCCACUGGCCAAUAAAAGCCUCCAAAGCUCA